AUCUUUGAUUGUAGGCUGCGCGGUGAUGUUUGCUUUGUUGUGGUUUGGUUUACGUGUGUGAGAUCUGAGACGUGUGUUGUAAGUUGUGUGGUUGACAAAGUGAGGGACGGACGGCGAACAGUUAAACUUGUAUGUAGUCAUGUGAGCGUACACAUAGCAUUUAUUUGCAAAACGUUUUAAUGAUCCGUCGUGUCCAGAGAUUUUGUUUUCUGUCAUUUUAAUUCAAAAUAUCGUCUACAGUACAAUACCGGCAAAGAAACAAUGUAUCGGCCGCUAGAAUUGACUAUAGGGUUGUGUUUCGCUGCAACCAUUGCUGUCUCAUAUCUAGCUUCACAGUUCCUAAAAUCACUAAUAGUGAUGGAUCAGCAAAGAUUAGAGCCGUCAGGUCUUUAUUUAACUUUAAGUGACAACUGGGUUACACGACUGAUGUUAAACAUUCUUGGGUAUGCCACAGUGUUUGUCCCUGGAUUUUUUAUUUUUAUGUAUGUAAAGAGGAGUAAACAUUUAGAACUAGAGGGUCAUAGUUGUGUAACGAGAUUAGUGAAAGUGUGCUUUCUUGGGCCAGAACCAUUGCUAGGAGUAGAUAACAAACAGAGUGGUCAGUCGGCAUCGCAUGCUCCUCAGCCACCACGCACCAUACUUCAAGAAACAUUAUUAAUUGUUUUCUGCUUCAUGGGACUUCAGACUACAUAUCUGACAUGGGGAAUUCUUCAAGAGAAGGUCAUGACUCAGGAAUAUGAAGCCAGUGAUGGAACCAAAGGACAUUUUACUGACUCCCAGUUUCUGGUAUUUGUCAACCGGAUACUAGCAUUCCUUUUGUCAGGCACAUAUAUACUUACAACAAAUCAAACACGCCAUGCAGCUCCAAUGUACAAAUAUGUAUACUGCUCAUUUUCCAAUAUAAUGAGUUCUUGGUGCCAAUAUGAAGCCCUCAAAUAUGUCAGCUUCCCUACUCAGGUACUGGCCAAAGCUUCCAAAAUCAUUCCAGUUAUGAUAAUGGGAAAGAUUGUUUCCCGUGCAAAAUAUGAAUAUUAUGAGUAUGUCACAGCAUUCUUGAUAUCACUAGGCAUGACUUUCUUCCUAUUAGGAAGUUCAGAUGAUAAAGGUACAACAGUUACUACAUUUUCUGGAAUUAUACUGUUAGCUUCAUAUAUGAUCUUUGAUAGCUUUACGUCAAACUGGCAAGGCUCUUUAUUUGCUCAGUAUAAUAUGAGUUCAGUACAGAUGAUGUGUGGUGUAAAUCUCUUCUCCUGCAUCUUCACUGGUGUAUCACUUUUUCAGCAGGGUGGAUUUAUCAGAUCUGUCAAUUUUAUGGCACAGUUUCCAAAAUUCAUAUUUGAUUGCCUGAUUCUAUCCGUUUGUUCAGCUGCUGGACAGCUUUUCAUUUUCUUCACAAUCUCUACAUUUGGACCUGUGAUAUUUGCAAUAAUUAUGACUAUUAGACAGGGCCUCGCCAUCUUGCUAUCAUGCAUAAUUUAUCAACAUCAUAUUACUGCUCUUGGCAUUAUUGGAGUAUUUGUAGUUUUUAUAUCAAUUUUUUUGCGAGUGUACUGCAAUCAGAGGUUACGUUCAAUUAGAAAGAAGACUCAAGUGGCUGCUGGGAUCAAGGUGUAGAAAUGGCCAUUAACUCAUUUUUCCAUUGCAUCCCAACUUCACUGAGGUUUAUUUUAUUUGUAAAAUUAGUCAUUGAAAUUAUGUAGCAACCAUUACUGAUGAUGUUCUGUAUUAUUUUGUAAGCCACAUUUUAGAAAUAUCCUUGGGUGGCAGAAUGAUAGUUAGGCUCAGUUUGUGUAACAAAGUAGCACAGAUUAAGCUAACUAAUGGAAAUAGUAAUGAUGGAUUGAAUCACUAAUUUUGAUAAGUGGAGCAAAGAUGGUGACAUUGCUGUGAUUAAGAGAGAGGAAAAAGAAGUUGAGUUUAUCACUACCUUUUCUUCUCUUCCAUUUGUAAUUAGUUGUUGUCGACGAGACAUUAAACGCUAACAGAAAAGACAAAUUAAUAACAGUCUUCUUUUAAACAAAAAGGCUAUUGAUAUUUGAGGCCAAUAAUUAUUUUGCAUCUGAUGUAAAAUAAUGAUAGUAAUUUAAAUGACCAGUCAGUAAGUGCUGGAAUGCAGAGUUUUAUCUGAAUUACUCUUGUGUUGUAACAUAACUCAGUAUAAUGUUUUUGGAUAUGCCAAGAAUAAACUUAUACUGAAUUUGAGCUAUGCAAAAUCAUCUACAAUAUAUCUUCCCACUUUCUAUGUGUUUUUGAGUUUAUGGAUGUUUACAAUCAGAACACAUUUAUUUUUGUCUUCAUUUGCCACUGUUUUGUCCAUGUGGUUUAUAAAUGUCAAUGACACUAACUAAAAUGCUGCAGAUCUCAAAUAACCUAACAAUUUCAUGAGCAUGUUUGUGUUAAAGUUAAAAUGAUCUUCCACAAACUACUAUGCUGCACUAAAGUCAGUGUUUGAGACAUAGUAUACUGUUUCCUACAACAGUAAAUAUGCUAACAUUCCACUGAGUCUGAAUGGAAAUGCUCUUAUUUCCAUCUGUCGAAAUAGUUGUUUGAAGCUUUCACCUAGCAGAUUCACUACCACAGACUGUACAGUGUCAUAAUUACAUUGGCUACUGAUUCAGAAAAUGAUUCUUGAACAUACUCACAUUGAAUGGUAUAAACCCAGAAGUAGAUAAUUCACAUACCUGUAAGUUACUUGAAUGAAUGUCCAUGUAGUCUUUUAUUUUGUUUUUAAUGCAGUCAGAAAUUCUGAAAAUUAAGAAAACUAGCUCAUUAUUUUAUAAAUUUUCCAAGUUACUUUGUGUAUUGAUGAACUCUUUUACAUGAAUGAGACAAUUUACAUAAUUUUAAAUACCAAUUUCAUUCUAAGCUCUGGUGCUGCAUUAUGAAGCUGUUGCCUAGCAAGCCCUUCAUCAUAAAUGUAUGUGUGGAAUGUGAUUGGCUUCAGUUCGCUUGCUGCAUGCCAUCCACUGGAAUUGCAACAAAUGGGCCCCCAUUCCACAGAGCUUGCCAGUACUUUACUACAUGAUGCCAAACCCAUAAAACUUAGCUUGAAAUCAGUUAAGAAAAAUAAAAUGUGAAUGAUAAUGUGUAGAGGAAAAUUGGAGAUGGUACAAUAUCAUGUCACAAACAGAUGACAGAGCCGCUACAUUUCCAGAGAGACUUUGUGCAUUGAAUUGCACUGUAGUUACUUCCAAACAGGAUGUCUAAAGCUUACUAGUGUAUACUUGUGGCUUCUGGCUGGAAGGUUCAUUAGGUCAAUAUUUUGUCGACGAAAUCUAAAAUAAAUAAAGAAAAUUCAGUUAUUAUGUUUCUGACUCUCUUCAGAAACCAAACUGUGCCACUAGCCAUAUUUUAUUAAGAACUAUUAAGAUAUUGUAUAAAAAUUAUACAGAAGGAUAUUUUAAUUGUAUUCAGAUAAUUUUUACAUGAUUAUUGUUUCCUUUCUCAUAAGCCUUCUGGUUGACUUUAAUGUUUGCGGUCUUAGUCAGUCCCUCCCCCCACCCCCACCCACACACCCUAUUGUCAUUAACUGAAUGUUGAUAGUUCACCAACUUUCUUUUUAUAUGACUAAUAUUGGCAACCUGUUGAUUGGAUCAGUCUCCAGAGUGAUUAGCUGAUUGGUCAGUGACACCUUUUAGAUUUACAAUGGCAAUGUUCCUUAACCAUACCAGCUGCUGUUUAGCUUUAUAUUCUGUUUGUGGAAUGGCUUUACACAAAUGUUAGAUGGCCUUUCAUUUGCUUGUCAUCAACACUGCUAAAAUUUUAAAGAUGAGAAUAACAGUUGUACAUGUUCAAAUUUAGAUAUUUGCUUAUUCAUUAACAUGUUUGUAAUAGAGUAAUGUGUUAGAAAACAGAGCUCAAAAGCAUUUAUAAUCUCAGUUUUUGGUGAUUCAAUGUAUAAAUAAAUUUUGAACAGUAGUGAGCAUGUGUUAAAAAAAAAAAAAAAAAACAUUGCUGGUUUUCUGCAUAACUUUGGACUGUCUUCUAUAUGUGAUGAAUUUGUCAAGACUCCAUGGGAGUAAUAAAUUAUUGAAUAAUUUUAGAUGCUCCCAAAGCAAAGGAAUUAAAAAUAGCCUUAUCUCAAAAGCUUUACAAAACUGCAGUAUUAUUUGUAUGAUGAUGUUUGAUAAUACAUGACCUUUGCCAUUACCAAUUCCUUACUUUCCAUUAAUAUGCACUGUAUUUAUCUUUUGUUGUAAAUGUUGAUACUUUGAUUUAUGUGGUCAUACAUUUGUAAGAUACUUAAUGAAGAAAGUGUGCUAUGCUGUUGUGUGUAUUGUUUAAUUCACCAAUUCUCCUGGAAUGUAUGUGGAAGUGGGAGUUCUAGAAAUGUGAAUUUAUUGUGUUCCAUAUGUAUUUAAUGUACACAUGCCAAACUAUUACUCUCAACAGUCAUAAUUUUUUAAAUAAUGUGACAGACUUAGUAACUCCUUUGCCACUGAGUGGUAUUAACAAGAGGCUCUGUGUACAGAACUAAAAGUAUUUUAUUGGAAAUGAUGGAGACCAUGUUGUAAGACUUCAACUAAAAUGUGCAUUUUUGUAUGAAAUAACUGCAUACAUUACUGGAUUUCCCCUAUUACUGUCUUGUAGACAUUCCACCAUGGUGGUUUCCAAACCCAGAGUUUACAAAAUAUUGCAGUGUGUGCUUUCCAGUGCCCUUUUAUAUAUGUUCACAAGGUUUCAGUGCACCCAAAACCACAAACACUGUAACAAAUUUGAAGCCUUGCAGUGGGAAAGUUAGUUGGAACAUAAACAUUUGGAUAUUGGAAUGGGUAUUUAGAAAAUUAAAGAGAGUAUUAUAAAUUAUUCAAGGUUAAGAAUCACAUUAGAAAUUAUCCAGUUCCAUAAUUCCUGUGUGACACUAUUGUAGCUUAGUUCAUGUAGAAAAGAAAGCAUGAAGAAAUGAUGAAUAACAAUAUAUUAAGUGCUAGAACAUAUGCAAUGUUUCUCUAACCUGGAAUACGGAGACCACUGUGAAAAAACAUUUAUAACCAUGUUAUAUUAAUGUGUUAAAAACUUUUUAUUAUAUGUUUGAAAAACACAGAAUUCUGCCCCAAUUUUUAUUGUAUAUUUUCUGAUUUUGUAAAAUGAAAUUUUGAUUUAAACCUC